CGCGGGAGAAGAAAGGGGUGGGAAUCCGAGGAGGAGACCACCUUUUUAUUAUUUUGAUAUUUUUAAAUAUUUUCGGCGUACAAGGAAGACGCUCGGAAUUCACCGGCCUGUCGGUUCCCGAGAGGGACCCGGGGAUUGUGCCGUCGCUUUUCUACAUCUUCUUUUUUUGUUGACGUUUGUUGGGUUUGUUUGAUUGUUUUGCUUUUUUAAAAAAUUGCUAUUAUUUUUUCUUCUCCGCUGAGCAGCAGCAACGGCAGCAGCAGCAAUAUGGCUGGUGAUGGGUUUUUUGGGGGGCGCUGGCGGCGAGAGGAGCUCUUCGAAGCCCCUGCGCGCCCGGCUCGCUGUUAGCUAUGGCAAAUGGCAGCGGCGGCGGCUCCUACCCGGGCGGCAGCGGCGGCGGCAUUAGAAUGAGUAACAAUAUCAACGCCAACAAUCUCAACACAGACUCGUCCUCCUCCCCCGUCAAUGUGCCCAAGAUGGAUGCGCUCAUCAUCCCGGUGACCAUGGAGGUGCCUUGCGAUAGCCGCGGACAGCGCAUGUGGUGGGCUUUCCUCGCCUCAUCCAUGGUCACUUUCUUUGGGGGACUGUUUAUCAUCCUGCUGUGGAGGACCCUCAAGUACCUGUGGACUGUCUGCUGCCACUGCGGAGUCAAAAACAAGGAGGCCCAGAAGAUCAAUGGUGCAGGAGAUACACAGGCAGAUGGGGCCUGCAAAACAACAGAUGAAAAAGAAGAGAAUGUGGCAGCAGAAGUGGGAUGGAUGACCUCUGUGAAGGAUUGGGCAGGAGUCAUGAUAUCUGCCCAGACAUUAACUGGCAGAGUACUUGUUGUCUUAGUCUUCGCUCUUAGUAUUGGUGCUCUUGUAAUAUACUUCAUAGAUUCGUCAAACCCAAUAGAAUCUUGCCAGAAUUUCUACAAAGAUUUCACAUUACAGAUCGACAUGGCUUUCAAUGUGUUCUUCCUACUCUACUUCGGCCUGCGUUUCAUAGCAGCUAAUGACAAGCUAUGGUUUUGGCUAGAAGUUAAUUCAGUAGUAGAUUUCUUCACGGUUCCUCCAGUGUUUGUGUCAGUAUAUUUAAACAGAAGUUGGCUUGGUUUAAGAUUUUUAAGAGCCCUUAGACUGAUACAAUUUUCAGAAAUUUUGCAGUUUCUGAAUAUUCUUAAAACAAGUAAUUCCAUCAAGCUGGUGAAUCUGUGCUCUAUAUUUAUCAGCACGUGGCUGACAGCGGCUGGGUUCAUACAUUUGGUGGAGAACUCAGGGGAUCCAUGGGAAAAUUUCCAAAAUAAUCAACCGUUGACAUAUUGGGAAUGUGUUUAUUUACUGAUGGUUACAAUGUCCACUGUUGGCUAUGGAGAUGUUUAUGCAAAAACAACCCUUGGGCGCCUUUUCAUGGUCUUCUUCAUCCUUGGGGGAUUGGCCAUGUUUGCCAGCUACGUCCCUGAAAUCAUAGAGUUAAUAGGAAACCGCAAGAAAUAUGGUGGUUCCUAUAGUGCGGUUAGUGGAAGAAAGCACAUAGUUGUCUGUGGUCAUAUAACACUUGAAAGUGUGUCCAACUUCCUGAAGGACUUCCUGCACAAGGAUAGGGAUGAUGUCAACGUAGAAAUUGUCUUUCUGCAUAAUAUCUCCCCUAACCUUGAGCUGGAAGCUCUUUUUAAACGACACUUCACUCAGGUGGAAUUUUAUCAGGGUUCAGUCCUUAAUCCCCAUGACCUGGCAAGAGUGAAGAUAGAGUCAGCAGAUGCGUGCCUAAUCCUUGCCAAUAAAUACUGCGCUGACCCAGAUGCUGAAGAUGCCUCCAAUAUUAUGAGAGUUAUUUCGAUAAAGAAUUAUCAUCCGAAGAUAAGAAUUAUCACUCAGAUGCUGCAGUAUCACAAUAAGGCCCAUCUGCUGAAUAUCCCAAGCUGGAAUUGGAAAGAAGGGGAUGAUGCAAUCUGUCUUGCUGAGCUCAAGCUGGGUUUCAUAGCCCAAAGCUGCCUGGCACCAGGCCUUUCAACAAUGUUAGCCAACCUCUUCUCUAUGAGAUCAUUCAUAAAGAUUGAGGAGGAUACGUGGCAGAAAUACUACUUGGAAGGAGUUGCAAAUGAAAUGUAUACAGAAUAUCUGUCUAGUGCCUUUGUGGGUUUGUCCUUCCCUGCAGUUUGUGAACUGGUGUUUGCGAAACUAAAGCUCUUAAUGAUAGCCAUAGAAUACAAGUCGGAAAAACGAGAAAGCAGUAUAUUAAUCAAUCCUGGAAACCAUGUCAAGAUUCAAGAAGGUACUUUAGGAUUCUUCAUUGCAAGUGAUGCCAAAGAAGUAAAAAGGGCAUUUUUUUACUGCAAGGCCUGUCAUGAUGACAUCACUGAUCCCAAAAGGAUAAAAAAAUGUGGCUGCAAACGGCCCAAGAUGUCCAUCUACAAGAGAAUGAAACUGGCAUGUUGUUUUGAUUGCGGACGCUGUGAGCGUGACUGCUCUUGCAUGUCAGGCAGUGUACAUAGUAACAUGGACACCCUUGAGAGAGCCUUCCCACUUUCUUCUGUCUCUGUUAAUGAUUGCUCCACCAGUUUACGUGCCUUUGAAGAUGAGCAGCCAUCGACACUAUCACCCAAAAAAAAGCAGCGAAAUGGAGGCAUGCGAAAUUCACCCAACUCCUCACCCAAACUGAUGAGGCAUGACCCCUUGUUAAUUCCUGGCAACGAGCAGAUUGACAAUAUGGAUGCCAAUGUGAAAAAAUACGAUUCUACAGGGAUGUUUCAUUGGUGUCCAGCCAAGGACAUUGAAAAGGUCAUUUUGACUCGAAGUGAAGCAGCGAUGACAGUUUUAAGUGGGCAUGUAGUCGUUUGCAUAUUUGGGGAUGUUAAAUCUGCUUUGAUUGGAUUAAGAAAUUUAGUGAUGCCAUUACGAGCCAGCAACUUUCACUACCAUGAACUCAAGCACAUUGUGUUUGUGGGUUCACUUGAAUACCUGAGAAGGGAAUGGGAGACACUGCAUAACUUCCCCAAAGUUUCAAUCUUGCCUGGUACGCCAUUAAGUCGGGCUGAUUUAAGGGCUGUCAACAUCAACCUCUGCGACAUGUGCGUUAUCCUGUCAGCCAAUCAGAAUAAUAUUGAUGAUGCUUCGCUGCAGGACAAGGAAUGCAUCUUGGCGUCACUCAACAUCAAAUCUAUGCAGUUUGAUGACAGCAUUGGGGUCUUGCAGGCUAAUUCCCAAGGCUUUACACCCCCGGGGAUGGAUAGGUCAUCUCCAGACAACAGUCCGGUCCAUGGCUUGUUACGUCAACCUUCCAUUACAACAGGAGCCAACAUCCCUAUUAUAACAGAGCUAGUAAAUGAUUCAAAUGUUCAGUUCUUGGACCAAGAUGACGAUGAUGAUCCAGAUACAGAAUUGUACCUCACGCAGCCCUUUGCAUGUGGAACUGCAUUUGCUGUCAGUGUGCUGGACUCUCUCAUGAGCGCAACAUAUUUCAAUGACAAUAUCCUCACACUGAUACGGACAUUGGUAACAGGAGGAGCCACACCAGAGCUGGAAGCACUGAUUGCUGAAGAAAAUGCAUUGAGAGGAGGUUACAGUACGCCCCAGACACUUGCAAACAGGGACAGGUGUCGAGUUGCUCAGUUGGCUUUGUAUGAUGGGCCAUUUGCAGACCUAGGGGAUGGAGGUUGUUAUGGAGAUCUAUUUUGUAAAGCCCUGAAAACAUACAAUAUGCUUUGCUUUGGAAUUUAUCGAUUAAGGGAUGCGCAUCUAACUACUCCCAGCCAAUGCACUAAACGUUACGUUAUCACAAACCCACCAUAUGAAUUUGAGCUUGUGCCGACAGACUUGAUCUUCUGUUUGAUGCAAUUUGACCACAACGCUGGCCAGUCCCGGGCCAGUCUUUCUCAUUCCUCCCAUUCCUCCUAUUCUUCCAGCAAAAAGAGCUCAUCAGUUCACUCCAUCCCAUCAACAGCAAACCGACCGAACCGCACCAAGACCAGGGAUUCCCGGGAAAAACAGAAGUAUGUGCAGGAAGAUAGACUUUGAUGUGUGUACCUGCUCCCACUGUGUGUGAAACUUGCAUUCACCACCCAUUCUCCCCAGUUAAUGUUUCCAGCAGUAAUGUUACCUGUUUUCCCAUGGAGUGCUCCCUUUUUGUACACAUAUUUUGCAUAUGUAUGACAGUGUGCAUGUGAUUGUCAUUUUUAUUUCACCACCAUAAAACCCUUAAGCACAACAGCAACAAAGCAGACGGACCAAAAGUUAUUUGUGAUGCUAAGGGAGAAAGAAAAAUUCUAAACCCAUAGGCACACUGAAAACAUAAAUAACUCACUGCAGUUACUCUACAUAUCAGAAAAAUAGAGUAUAUUUAACAUGAACACUUGCUCCUGAUGUCAGAGUUACACAAAAGAAAUUUUAGUGCAGAAGCAUUGAUGUAUUUUGCAGUAGUUUUUUUUAUAUUCAUAUUUACAGGCAUUGCUACUUUUAUUUGAAGCUUAUAAAGCUAACCCAUUUUUUUAAAAAUCAUUUAAAAAAACCCUACUGAUUUUUCACUCUCAAAGUUAAUAUUUUAUAGGGCUUACACUCUUUGUAUAGAUUAUUGCUACACACCUGCUUUAUACCAAAGAAAUGUCAGGGACUUUUCUGCUUGUUUAAGGACUUUCUCUAAAAUAUUAGCCUUUUGGAGAUACUGUCUUUUCCCUUUAACACUGAAAUUGUCUAGGUAUGAAGUUGUAAAACUCCAGUGGUUUAAUUUGUUUAGAAAGAGUCUAGUUGCAUAUUAAAUUAUUAUUCUGUCUAUUUAUACUGCCACAUGAAUAGCUAUAUUUUCUUUCACUUUUGACAUUUGGGAUAAAAAGCCAUAUGUAUCAUAAAUAUUGGAUGUAAGUCAUUAAAAACUGCCUUCCUGGGACUUUCACAUCUUUAAAAGGUGAAUUAGUCACCUUAUGUACAGAAUAAAUAAUGUUCAGAAAAGAGCAAGCAUUUUUUUAUGCUUAAGUAUCAGCUCUCGAGGGACUUUGUUCCUUUCCCCAGAUGGCAGUUUAACUUUCCAAGUUAGAGUGGUGGUAUAAAUCAUCCAACAACAGUCCUAAUACACAAAGAUCCUCCAGGAACCCUGCUCCAUGUUCUAGCUGUUUCUUUUCAACAUGUGUAUGCCAGGAAUACAGGGGAAGACAACUGAGUGCCUUUAAAGUCUCUCCCAUUUGGGAAGAAAAGGUGCUGUGCCCUAGACAGCUAAUGAGCACAACAAGCAGAAAUCUUCACUGUGCUGAGGCAUCAUGUUCUAGGCAGUUGUCAGAGUUUAGUUUUUGCAGUUUCUCACCAAUGACACAUAUAGCCAAACAAAAACUGUGGCAGGGAAUUAAAUAAAGUGGUGGAAAGGAACCUUUCCUAGGUAGCCAUAGAAAUUAUACUUCCAGCUAUUUUUUUAAUUACCAACCUUUUGAAAUAUAGAACUAGUUCUAGGUCAUCUGAAGAGUUUCAUAGGAUAG